AAAUAGCAAAUUAAAGUUUUUACAGUUUUAAUACUCUUUUUAUGUAUUAUGACGUAACAUUAUAGUUCUAAGAAAGAGAAGCAAUUUGCUGAUAUGUGUACUCUAUCUAUACACACAUAUAAGUAAAUUACUUUCCUUAGUACUGAAGAAAUAACAUAUUAAUACAGCAUAUACCUAUAAACUUUAAUGUCAAACUUGAAUUUGUUGUAUCUUUUAAACUAAUACCGCCCCCCACUUUUUUCUCACGUAGAAUUACUCAGAAGGACCACCCCUACAACAUAUUUAAGUGGCAAUAAAAUCGAUGAAAUUCGGCAUUUUAUACACAUUUACCGAUUCUAUAUCUCCUUUAAUCUUUUUCUAUAAUUGUACAGCUAAGUCGACAUGUCAACAUAAUUGCCAGCCCGUUACGCAAAGUACAAACACCAGUUAUCUUAAAAUGAGGAGGGGAUCGAAGAAUCCUAUACAUCGUCAGUCUUUCUUGAUUCAGUCGAUACUAGAAUCUGAUUGAAAGACCACACGAGUAGCGCAACGAUGUUAAGUAGUGUCAUUUUGUUUGUUUGUUGUAUCUUAAUGGGUGAUCUCGUGACAGCGUCGAAACCAAUGUCGAUUUUAGUGAUAGCGACUCUUCCGUCGCCUAGUCACCAUGUCUGGACGGAGCAUUUGGUUAAAGGAUUGCUUCGUAAAGGCCAUCAUGUACAUGUAGCGAGCAUACAGGAGACUAAGAUUAAAGGAAUACUCGGGCAGAAUUUGACAUACGCCGUUUUCGAUGGUGUAAUGGAAACUAUUGAACAAUCUGAGGAUUAUAAUUUAGCUGAAUGGGAACAGUACAGUGUACUUUAUAUGAUAAAGUUUCAGUAUCAGUGGGGCAUAGGCGGAUGUCAGACAGUGAUAAGAACUAAAGGGGCGAGAGAACUCUUGGAAAUGGUUAAAACUGUCGAGUUUGACGUUAUAGUGCACGACAUUACUUUAGCUCAAUGUUUCUACGGAUUGUGGGAGGUAGGGCAAUCUAGUAUUAGCGAAGUGUAUAGUAAUUGUUUAGUCUAGCUUUUAAAUUGCAAGCGACUUAGCAAAGUUGCCUUAUAAAUCAAAGUGUGUUUUCAAGCGUAGCAAAUUGAAAAUCAUUCUUAAUUAUUCGUUAUUUAGUUCAAAACGAUGUUGAAAUACGAUGCUUCAUUGUGAAUGUCUUUAAUACACAAAAUGCGUAAAAAUGCAUAAAAAAUUUUGUGCCACUCUCUAUACAAAUAAAAGGAUAACAACCGGGAAGUUACUGAAACUGUGGGUCUAUUUUCUAUUGCUACACUGGCUGUACAUACUAGUUCGAGAAGUGUACAAUGUGUACAUAUACAUUGAAGCAGGAGAAACGUACAUAUGAGACCCUCAUGCUUUAGUGUAACAUGGAUAAAAUUAUUAAAUUUUUAUUAUUUAAUGAAUACGAGGGUUAUGAUCUUCCAAUAAGAAGGAAUCGACG